AUGGGUCAUGUUGGAUGUUAUUUACAAGAUAACAGAAUCACACGUAUUGAAUCCGGAGCCUUCCAAGAUAUCAGAGCAAAUACGCUGAAUUUUUACAACAACAAACUAAGAGUAAUAGAAUCAAAUGCCUUUACUUCUGUGCAUGCAGAUACAUUUUCAUUCACUGGAAAUCUGGUUAGAGAAAUUCAGUCUCAUGCAUUCAAUGGGACAUCCUGUAGUUAUUUCUAUAUGCAGAACAUGAAUCUGGGAGUCAUACCAUCUUAUGCUUUUACAGAUUUUACUUGCGGUAGAGUUAACCUGCAGUCCAGCUCAAUAACUGACAUUAAAAAACAUGCAUUUCACAACUUCAGAGUUAAUUAUAUCUUGUAUCUCUAUAAUAAUCAACUAAAAACCAUAUCAUCUUCUAUCUUUGGUGGAACAUCCUCUGUAGAAUAUCUGCAAAUGUACAACAACGGAUUAACCAGUAUUACGUCUGAUGGAUUUCGUAAUGUUGAUGUGGAUUACAUUUACCUACAAAAUAAUGGACUGACCGUCUAUCCCAUAGCAUUGAAUGAAAUUACUCCACUUCAAAUAUAUUUGAACAAUAAUGAGAUCAGUGUAAUACCUACAGGAUCAUUUGUUAGUCAGACUAGAUUACAACAUUUAUAUAUGUUUAACAACAAUGUUGAACAAAUAUCAUCUGGUCUCUUAUCUCCAGCUACUAAUUUGAGAACCAUUGAUUUCCAUGAGAACCAGAUCCAAUAUAUAGAAGAAGGAUCAUUUACUGGACUGACUUCUUUACAGACAUUGGAUUUAGGACAAAAUGUCAUACCAUACUUCCCAUCUGUCAUACUACCAGCCAUCAGAACCCUUGACUUGGCAGAUAAUAGGAUUGAGGCAAUAGGAGUCCUCAAUCUUGGAGGAAGUGUGUAUGUAUUAGUGUGCACAUUGAUUGACAAAUGUGUUGGUAUAAGUGUGCACACUUGA